GCAGGGUUCUGCCUCCUGACCCUGCAGAGGGUUUCUAUGAGGCUGCCUGCAGACUCGAGGCUGGUGAGCACGAAGGGCUUGUGGCUUUUGUUCUGUUUGCACAGGGAAGUGCAAACACAGGGUCUGUUCGCAAGUGUGGAAAGAGCACUUAGGAGCUCAGUCAAUAUUUGUUUUCAGUUUUCUGAUGCUGGAACCCACAUGCCCAGCUGGCGUGUUGCUCGGAUCUGCUGCACGAGGAUGAGGCACUUGAGUUAUUUGUGUAGUUAGGAUGAAACGAUCCAGAGCCAAGUGACAUGGGACAUGUCAGCUGUCUACCUGCUCAUUAACUUUGCCUUGCAGAAGUGCACAGCUUCUAUCCUCCCCCAUAACGAUACCGCUGCAGCCGCUGUGCCACAGUCAUUGCUGCCAUUGGGUUUCCCUGAUACUGAUGAGGGCAUUUCACUGUCCAGAGGCUGAUGAUGGAGGGGUCACAGCCAUGGGAGCUACCUGCCUGGAGCUGCUCUUGUCUCCAGCCUGCCCUGCAGAGCCAUAUGCUCUUUUUUGAGGUGACUGUACCUUACCACCUCGCUCUGAACACCUUCAUUACUCUGGAGACAUUGGUCUGUGAUCAUUGGAGUGAUGUGGGCUGGGAGAAGCUCUGCUCUGCAGCCAGAACUGCUCCCAUGCAUCUGUCCUGCCGGGUCCUGCUUUGUGCCUCUGCAGCACAGAGAGGGGCUGGGGAAAACGUGCUGCCAUUUGGGGGUCCCACGACUGCUCCCUCAUUGCUUCCUGCUGAGCUGGGCUGUGUUUGGAAAAUGCAGAGUUUGUCAUGGCAACGGAGCAGUGAGCCGGGUGGAGAUAAGUGUGCUGUGCUGCUCUCAUUGGGUUUAUCAGCUGUGAGCGUGGGACCAGCGUGCUGUGCUCCCAUACAGAAACCAUGGAGAAGAGUUCAGGGCCGUCACACGCAGAGUGUGUGUGAAUGGGAGGUGGGAGAGGAAGGGACAACAGGGUUUCGUGGUCAAAGCCUUGGGUGCACCCACACGGGGCGCUGGGAGGGGUCCCACAGUGCUUUAUGAGCAAUGACCCUCCUGUCCCAGCUAAGGGGGCUGCAGCCAGCCCAGUAUCGGGUUUGGGCUCCUAGAAUGAGUCCCAUGGACGCAGAGCUCUGUGGGUCCCAAGGCACAGGGAGUGGAGAGGGCUGCGGCCGUGGGUGAGGCUGAGUCACCGCGGGGGCUGCCCGGAGCCUUCCCAGAGCAAAUCGUGCCAGGACGUGCCUCGUUUCCUCCUUCCCACCGUGCUCCCUUCGCAGCAAUGAUUCAUAUUUGCUCACGGCAGCAAACGGUCACAUACAGACAAUAAAGCACAGCUCGUUCCCUCGCACCGCUCCCCAUCGCCGGGCUUUGAUCCCAGCAGCGAUGUUGGGCGCAGAGCGAGCCCCUGCGGGUGGGAUUUGUCACAGGAACCGGCACUGUCCUGGUUAAAGAGCCCGGGGAGGACGCACUGCCCGCCGCCUCAUUGCACAAGUUGAGCCGGAGCCAGUUCUUCAUUUCUUAGAAACAAGCGGAGCCGCGGCCCCGAGCAGCUUCCCCCGCAUCACCCGGGCUGCGAUCGGGAACGGCUCCGGGAACACAGCGCUGUGUGCGGGGGGCGAGCAGAGCUGCGGGGUGCGGGAUGGGAUCCCGACGGGGGGGACGCAGCGCCCGUCCCCAGGAGUUCAUCCUUGGGCUGCGCACCCCCGUCCCAUGGGGUGAGCUGUGAACCCACCGCACCGACACGGAGCACCGGGCGGCUCCCGGCCCGAGGAAGCCCCGGGCUGGGGGCGGUGAGCGGCUCGGUCCCUCCCGCACAUGCUCGUUGCGUUGUUUUGCGGCUCCUGCCGGGGCCGCCCCGUCCCGUCCCGCCCCAUCGGGGCCGCCCCCGGGACGCGCCGGGCACUUAAAGCGGCGCUGGGCGGCGACGGGGCGAGUGUGAGCCGCCAUCUGUCGCCAUGCUGUUCGAUCGCCUCAAGCGCUUCUUGAUCGUGCUGGAGGGCGCCGAGCUGGGGUCUCCGACCGCCUUCAGCCCGGGGCAGGCGGUGGUGGGACGCGUGGUGCUGGAGCUGGCGGCGGCCGCGCGUUGCGGGACGCUCCGGUUGCGGGCGCUCGGAGCCGCCCGCGUCCACUGGACCGAAUCGCGCAGCGCCGGUUCCAGCACCGCCUACACGCAGAGCUACACGGAGGAGGUGGAGUACCUCAGCCACAGCGACACGCUGCUGGCGCCGCCAGAUAACGGCGAAGUCACGGUCCUGCAGGCAGGAAGGCACGAGUUCCCCUUCACCUUCCAGCUUCCAGAGACCCUGGCCACGUCCUUUGAGGGCAAACACGGCAGCGUGCGCUACUGGGUGAAGGCCAAACUGCACCGACCAUGGGCCACGGUGAAAAAGGUGAAGAAGGAGUUCACUGUCAUCGAACCCAUCGACAUCAACACACCUGCACUGCUGGCUCCCCAGGCGGGUGCUAAGGAGAAACUGGCCCGUGCCUGGUACUGCAAUCGUGGGCAGGUCUCAGUGACGGCCAAGAUCGACCGCAAAGGCUACACCCCCGGUGAAGUCAUCCCUAUCUUUGCUGAGAUUGACAACUGCACCAACCGGGCGGUGGUGCCCAAAGCAGCCAUCAUUCAGACUCAGACCUUCAUCGCCCGGGGCACCAAGAAGCAGAAGAAAUCAGUGGUGACCAGCAUCGUUGGGGACUCCAUCGCUGCGGGGAAGCGCGAGGUUUGGCACGGACGGGCACUGAAGAUCCCCCCGGUGGGGCCGUCCAUCCUGCAGUGCCGCAUCAUCCAAGUGGAGUAUUCCCUGAAGGUCUGUGUGGAUAUUCCCGGCACAUCCAAACUGCUCCUGGAGCUGCCACUUGUCAUUGGGACGAUCCCGCUGCAUCCAUUCGGCAGCCGCACGUCCAGCGUCAGCAGUCAGUACAGCGUCACCCUGGACUGGCUGAGCAGCAUCCCCGAGCAACCCGAGGCCCCCCCUGAGUACUCAGAGGUGGUGCCCAGCCCUACAGUUGAGCAGAGCCUGGCCCCGCCGUGCCGCAGUGAGCUCGGGGCUGUGCUGGAAGGACCUUUCUUUGCCUACAUCCAGGAGUUCCGCUUCCGACCGCCUCCGCUCUACUCAGAGAUUGACCCGAACCCACCUUCAGACGGCAUCCGCCCGCGCUGCAUGACCUGCUGAGAGGUGCUGACGGCAUUGUGACCAUUGGGCUGCAGUGAGAGUGCCUGCAGUGUGGUGCUGGGCAUGUGGUGGCUGUGAGAGCACUGAGCCCCCACCACGGGCACUGCCCUAUAGGGCACAGAGAGCUGGAACUGCCCCAGGAUUUGGGGUUCGGAUGGAGCUGGGAUGGUGCUCCUCUACGUGUGCUCCAGCACCUCCUGCUGUGGAGUACGGGAGCUUGGAGGUGUUGCAAGGAUACCAGAGAAUAUUUGAAUCCUGUGCUGGGUUUGGACCCCGUGCUGCUGUGAGUGCAGCACUGCUGUUUCCUAAGAAGAAAACUGGCCGGGUGAGGCAGACUGUGCUGCUGGUGAACACGGCUGUGAGCUGGGUGAUGCUGCAGGGAUGGAUGGAGCUGCCUGGCAGCCAGGAGGGGGCUACAGAUCCCCCCAUGGACAUCAGUGGGGCAGAGGACAUCGGGACAGUGUCAUUCCCAAAGCAGCAGGGAGCUGCGGUGCUGUUUUGGUGCUGUUCCUGCACGGUGGCACAGACGUGGCCCCUCACAAUGCUCUGUUGGCCAAAGAAAUGAAAGCUGGAGUGGGUCCUCCAGGGCUGCCACCAAAGACUGUACAUUCCCCCUGACCCCCCUGCAGAGCCCCAGCGCCGGUGCUGGGCAUUGCUCAGAGGAUUUUGUAUUAUUUGUAUCAGUGACCACUUUUAUACCGACCAUUCUUUGUCUCUGACGUUGUUCUUUUCCUAUGACUUCAGUUUGGGCAUUUUCUCUGAAAUAAAUUCCUUUUAUAACCAA